AUGCUCUCCAUCGAACAGCGUUACAAUAUUUGCCUUAUGGCCGAGAGGCAUCCUAAAUGGACCCAAUUGGAAUUGGCUAAAUGGGCCUAUGAAACGUUCCAAUUACCCAAAAUACCGUCUCAAGGCACCAUUUCUAGACUUCUAGCAAAGAAAUCAACAUAUAUGAAUUGUAAGGAACAUGAAAAAGAUGCAAAUAGACUAAGAAAACCAAAUAAUUCAUUGGUAAGAAAAAUCUUACAAGAAUGGAUAUCUCAAAGUUUAUGGAAUGGUAUCCCAAUCACAUCACCAAUUAUUCAAGAUACCGCACAAUCCGUUUGGCAUAGAAUUCCUUCCGAAUAUAGGGAGGGAAAUGGGUCUUUCAGUUACAAAUGGAUAGCCAACUUUUUGGCUAAGAUGGAUGUUAACAUAUCUGCAUUGGAUUCUGAAUUGCCCAAGACACCCAAGAUUUGGACGUUUGAAGAAAGAGCGGUAUUAAAACAAUAUUUUAGUAAAGUUCCUUCUGUGAAGGAUCUAUUUACUCUCGAUGAGACAUUUUUAGCUUACAAUCUUCCUUUAGAUUAUGAACAAUAUGAAACGAGUAAAAUACAAAGAAGGAUAGAGGUUGCCUCUGUAAUGCUUUGUUCGAACCUAGAUGGUUCUGAGAAAAUCAAGCCUUUGGUGGUGGGGAAAUAUAAUAGUUAUAAGAGUUUUAGAAACUAUUUCCCAGAUGAACCUGAAGAUGCUGUGUCACAAUCACAAUUAGGUGAAAAGAUGGCUAAAAAGUUUGAUAUAUCGUACCACAGUAAUAGAAAAUCAUGGCUAACAAGUAAUCUUUUCCAUAAUUGGCUAGUAAGAUGGGAUAAACGUCUUGUGGCAGAUAAUAGAAAAAUUUGGAUUGUUCUUGAUGAUUCAUGUUCUCAUAGGGUUAUUAACUUGCACUUACAAAAUAUUCAGUUGGUUUACACAUCUUCAAAUUCAAGAUUUCUUCCAUUUAAUUGGGGCGUUUUGGAUGAGUUCAAAACAAGGUACAGAAUUCAACAGUACGAAGCAUUGAUUAAAUUGCAAAAGCAGAUCGAAAAGACUUCCAAUAAGAGGACACUCAUCAACUUUGAGCAAAGUCAAUUAACGAUGUCCAAUGCCUUUAAAUUUAUAAAAAAGGCAUGGGAUGAUAUUCCUGCUGAUACAAUUAAAUCUAACUGGAAAAGUUCAGGGCUUUUACCGCCAGGUAUGAUUCAGACAAAUGAUGCAGUCAGUAUGGCUUUCAAAAAAAAUGAAGUACUUGAAUCUGCGUUGAACGCUUUGUGCAAUGAGUUUUACUGUAAAAAGAAAUGGGAGUAUGAUAUGCUUCUUGACUUGAAUAUUGAAAAUAAAAACACAAAUUUCUUAAGCACUGAAGAAUUGGUCGAGAGUGCAAUUGUGGAUCCAAUGGAACCUGAUAAUUUACAAUCUCAUACUAUUAUUAAUAGCACAGCCACAUCCCAAUUCGCAGAUGAUGACGCACCUUACAAUAGAUUGUCAAUGUUUGAUAACGAUGAUGUAGAAAAUGGAAAAAAUAACCUUGCAAGUGUUGAUCAUUUGACUGGAAAUUUCGAUUUAACACCAUUUACCAAUGUAUCAAAUUCAAUCUCUCUGAAUCACGAUGCUAAUACUUCCACUACUAAUAAUGUGAAUCACAACAAUACAGCAACCACUACCACUAAUAACCACCAUAGUCUAGCUGUAGCAGACCACCAUAACUAUUCUGAACCAAACCUCAAUAAGCUACUUGGAGAAACCUUUGAUCCGACAAAAUCAGAAAACUUGUUCAAUGUUAGUACUUUAAUUGAUAAUCCUGAUUUAUUUAUAGAUCCAACAGCGGCACUUGAUCUUCCUUUACAAUCGUCAGAGUAUUUUACUGUUUUUCCAAAUUCGGUACCCACAGGUCAGCAGGUCAAUGAUAGCAUUUCUUCCACGAAUGUUAAUACAGGUGUCUUGAAUAACAGGUCAAUUAUAUCUUCGAAUUCAUCCGAAACAUCUCUACUGAAUGCAGACACCACCAACGAUUUUGAAGUUCCAAAUUUGAACCAUAUAUUAAAUAAUUCGGAACAAAUUGCACUAGAAUAUGGAUCUCAUAUUCCAGAAAAGAUUUCUCCUUCUGAAGAGGUUUCUUCCUUAACAAAUUUACAGACAAGUGUCGACAUUGCAAAGUCAUUAGGUGAUGUUUUAAAGCAUACUGAAGCAAAUGAACUAAUAUUGUCUAAGGCCACAGUGGAAGAAAUUCACUUUGCAUAUUCUUCGUUACUUCGAAAAAUUAAAAAGACAAGAAAGCAAUUGAACAAAUCCAAAACUAAAAUGCCCUCAACAAAUUUGGAAUCAUUAAUAAUCCAGGACAGCAAUGUUGUCAAUCGAACUCAAGCGUCAUUAUCAAGUAAAAGAAAUAUGCAACUUCAAGGAAAUAAUGCCUUUUUUUGA